CUCUCACUCUUCACACAUCUCUUCUUCUUCUUCUUCUUCUUCUCAAAUGUCUUGUUCGUCUCUCACUCUCUUUCUUCACCCUCAUCCUCCUCGUCUGAACCACCUCAAACCCCACCUGAUCUACUCCCUCUCCCCUCUCACCUCAUCCCUCUCCUUCAAACCCCACAACAUUUGCUUCUCUUCAAACUCCAACUCCCACCACGACGCCACCUCCGAAGAGUCCCGCUGGCUCCGCGAAGAGCACCGCUGGCUGCGAGAGGAACAGCGCUGGCUCCGCGAAGAGCAACGCUGGGCGCGUGACCGCGACUCUCUCCUCCGCGAAAUCGCCGACCUUAAGCUCAAAAUCCAGGCCUUGGAGCUCCAGAACCCUCUCCAGGCAGGGGCCUCGUCGGAGACUAUUGCCAACAUCGCCGGGUUGCUGCAGUCGUUGAAGGAGAAGAACCAGAUUGCCGAGACGGGGUCGAGUUCCAGAGCGCUGGAGUUGGAAGAUCAUAAUCAGGUGAAGGAGGUGUUCGCUGUUUCGGAAGUGAGGAAGACAAAGGAGGUUCUGAGAAAGGGUUCCGAAGGAGAACAUGUCCGAGCAAUGCAGGAAGCAUUGCUAAAAUCGGGAUUUUACUCGGGUGAAGAAGACAUGGAAUUUUCCAACUUUUCAAGCGGGACAGAACGAGCUGUCAAGACUUGGCAAGCCUCCAUAGGUUUGCCUGAAGAUGGAAUAAUGACCGAAGAACUUCUUGAAAGAUUAUUUGACCCACAAACUGAGGGUGCUGUUGAAACAAAGGAAGAUGCAAAUGGAGCUGCAGGUACGUCUGUAACAGAAAUUUCAGAGGUGAAGCAAAUAGUAUUGAAAGAAGAUGCUGCAGAGUUAGAUGAAUCUCACCAUAGAGUUUUUCUUCUAGGAGAAAACCGCUGGGAAGAACCUUCAAGACUAAACAAGAAAAAAGGGAGUGAAACCAAUACAACAGGUACCACAACAACAUGCCUUACUUGCCGUGGGGAAGGUCGCUUAUUGUGCACAGAAUGUGAUGGAACUGGUGAACCUAACAUCGAGGAACAGUUCUUGGAAUGGAUCGAUGAAGGAGCAAAGUGUCCAUACUGUGAAGGUCUUGGGUUUACAGCUUGCGAUGUAUGUGGAGGGAAAUAGUAAGCUAGAUAUGAUAUAGGCGAAGUACAUGUACAGUUUUAUGCUAUAGUGCAUGUAUUAGUGUAGUACAUACCAUGUAUUACAGUAGUUGCAAAUGUAAUUUGAAAUUGAAGAGAUAAUAAAGUAUUGGCAUCUCUGAAUUGCCAACUUCCAACA